UAAAAAACGGAGAGCCAGGGCCAUGUGGUGCGAAGACAGGCAGGCCUACCUAUUAACUGUUAGGCCUUUAAGGGCUGGCGUGUGAUGUCAUAUAGGAAGUAAACUGCAUGUAAACAGAGGAAGAAGGAUCUCUGCCGUAUUGCUGACAGCUCCAAUGCUUCUAAUGAAGUCCAGGCAGAAGUGGGAACAUUCAGGGCCUCUCAAGAUUUCUGUGCGUUAUUAUGAUGAGAUCUAUAAGGGAAGCGGAUGAGCUAGAACAUCUCCAAGAGCUGCUGAGGACACAUCUCCCAGAGUCUUUAAAGAUUUAUGGCAGCCUCUUCUCUGUGCUCAAUGGAAACCCCUUCGGUGUGGAGGUUCUGGUGGAUUCCUGGCCAAAUUUUGGUGUUGUGAUGACAAGACCUCUGACUGUUCCAUCUGCUUGGGAUCCUUUCACCAACUCUUAUAGCUUCUUCAUGCGGGAUGCGUCCAAAGUCAGUGCUGUCAUGGAACACAUAGAAUGGACUCGACCAUUUGAGGUCCAAACAAUGCAAGAUAGUUUUGCGACUGAUCUCACAAAAGAGGCGUCCAGGAGAGAUGUGACAAUCCAAACAUCGCUGUUAAGGACAUAUUGGCAGGAGAAGCAAGACGAGGCUAACGAGCGGAAUCUUAAGUCUCAGGUUACCCCCGAGAUUUCUUGUCUCUCUCCAGCGAAUGCUCCACUUGUUGAUGCUUCCUGGUCAUUUGGUGGAAGUACCUCCAGUCUGAGGUAUGUGAGUCUUUGUCUAGGGUCCCUGCCGUCCUCCUGUGCGGUCGACUCUGAAGGAAAUCCAGUGUCCUGGGUGCUGUGCGACCAUUAUUGUGCCAUGCGUGUACUGUACACUGUACCCAACCAUAGGCGCUUUGGAUUGGGAUCCAAGGUUGCUCUUAGUCUGGCAAAAACACUGAUGAUGCAAGGUAGACCGGCCUACUGCCACGUGGAGGAGGAAAACAUUGCUUCUCAGCUGAUGUUUAAGUCGUUGGGGCUGGAAGAGACUUCCAGCAGGCUGCUAUGGGUAAAAAGUAUUGUAAGUAUGGAGACAGACGAGGCAUCAAGACUGGGACAUUGAAGAAACAGCAGAAA